AUGCCAAAGAGAGGUCAUAAUGAUAAUGAUAGUGACGGUUAUAUUAAACGGAAGUUGAGAAAAAUCGAAAAGAAGUUGCGUAAACGUAAAAAACGUUCACAUCGUGUUAUAAGUUCCAGUAGCAGCGAAUCCAGAAACGAAUUCUUGGCGUCGCCAGUGCCAUCGCUAUCCGAAGGUGGCCACGAAAGUCUGUUGGCGGAUUCAAUGGAAUUAAGCGAACAGCUGGAACUACCCACACAAGUAGGCUUGGCGCCUACCCCAGGCCCAUCUUCAUCAGUGCAGGCAGGUUCUGACGAAUGCACAUUAGAUGAAGAGAUUCUUGAUUUAUUGGGUGCAACCCCUACAAAAGCUAAACAGUUGGGCGAAAAAAUUCAAAAGGAUAUUGCCCUUACAUGGGAGCAUAUUGUAACUUCUGGUAUUUCCAAGGAAGCUCGUAAAGAUCUUCUUGGUAAACAUUUAGUCCCGGAAAACUGUAUUAAGCUGUCGGCUCUUAUUUUAAAUCCGGAAAUAAAAGCCGCCUUAUCAGAUACAAUGAUAGGCAAAGACAAGGCUUCGGAGAGUAAACAGAACCAAAUUGCAGCCGCUGUUUCGUGCAUCGGUGAAAGUCUCACUAGGAUGCUCAGCUCAGAACAAAAAGACCCCUUGAUCAUAAAACCUCUACUUGAGGGUGCUCAGCUACUAUGUAAUAGUCAGUUUAACGAAUCUAUGAAAAGAAGAAGCAUUAUUUGCGCAACAAUCAAAAAAGACAUUAAAAGCCAACUUUAUGAGACCGAAAUAGACACCCACUUAUUUGGAGAAAAAUUAGCCGACAUACUGAAAGCAGCAAAGGCUAUCAACAAAUCUGGGUCAGAGAUAAAAGCACCUAAGCCUAAGACUAUAUCUUCACGAGUACAGCCUCGUAAUUUAAACUCGAAGCCUCAACUGGCCAACAGCAGGCACCCAGUGAGGAGGAGACAGGAUCCUGCUGCAUAUCCAUUGAUGGCUACCGCACGGCCACCACUUGCUCAUCAGCAACGGCAGUACUAUAUAGCACCACCCCCACCACCGCCACCUCCGCUGCCACCGGGGCCGCCGCUGCCGCCACCACAACAGCAGCGAUCCAAGCAACGCCCGUACCAGCGCCGUUAG